AGCAAAACAUAAACAUUAGCAAACAUUAUUAAUGUAAAUCGGUGCCCACUUUUACCAAUCGCUUUAAAAACGUGUUUCCCCUUGGUUGGCAUGUAUUUAAAAUGUACGCCACGUAAAUCAGUCCACCUGUCUGUAACCAAAACUGCACACAAACCAUUUGAGGCGCCCAAUACAAAACUGUGAGCGGCUGCCAGCUGUUUCCCGUUCUUCGGCCCAACUCAGUGAGAACGUGUGAAAACAGGCGAUGUAGUUCACGACCGCUGCUUCGCAUUAAUUAAACGGAAACAAUCGCCCUCCUUCCUACCAUACGGCUGUGAAAUGUUUUGCUGUCUAAAGAGCUGCCUAAACGGUGUGCUGCCGGCUCAGUCCGUACACAUCACGAAAACGUCCAACCCGGUUCAGCUCGAUUCGUCACAUAUGGGUCACGAAGUGGUUAUAAUCAAGAACGGAAUGCGAGCCUGUGGCACUGGUGGGGUACUAGCGAAUGCACCGCUCGUCCAGUCCAAGUCGUACUUUGAGGUGAAGCUGCAACAGUCGGGCCACUGGUCGAUCGGGCUGGCCACCCAGCAAACGGAUCUGAAUCAAUCGGUCGGCGGAAAGGAUCGGGAAUCGUGGUGUCUCAACUCGAACCAUCUGGUACUGCACGGUGGCGACGUUAUCUACCGCUUGGAUGCGAGCAAAGGAGUCCCGAACGGAGGUCAGAACUCACCCGGUCACGUCACCACCACACCCCCGGGAACGGUGUCCGUCGAUCUGGGGCCCGUGUCAGCGCUCGCAUUUCCAGCGCCCGCUAGUGCUUCCGGCACGGACGGCGGGCUGCCCCAGGAAGGGGACACGAUAGGCGUCGCGUACGAUCACGUGGAGCUAAACUUCUACCUGAACGGGAAGAAUCUGAAUGUGCCGGUGCUGAACGUGCGCGGAACCGUCCAUCCCUGUCUGUUCGUGGACGACGGUGCAAUUCUGGAUAUUGUGCUGGACAAUUUUGCGUACGGUCCGCCGCCCGGGUUCGAGCGUAUUCUGGUCGAGCAGUCGUUGCUUUGAUUUCUCAUACACGUGCUGUGUGCUGUUGCUUUUGUUAAGUUUAAGUCGCUCUCGUUGAAAUCGAUUUGGUAACGUAACUUUCUCUCUCCCUCCUAUCUCUAUCUCUAUCUAUCGAUAUGACUUUCCAGCUUCCCGUAUUCUCUAUCGCUUUGGGUUAUGUCGGUCGGUUACUCACGAGGUCACGUUAUUAGUGCCGGAUGCAAAUACACAUGUAUGCAAAACUAACCAUUGCUAAGACAACAGAAACCGAAUUCCAACGUCUUUCAUACACUAACAUACAAAGGACAGGGACACAAGGAUGGAACAGAUGGUUAUUAACACCCAUUCUUAUUACCCUACUUUAUGCGUCGUUUAAAUAUGUUUCAAGAAAAGCAGAUAACAAUAUACACCCAACAUAUAUGUGUUGCUUUUCUAGUAACAUCUCCUGACCAAUCAUUCCUCUUCCUAUUGGAAUCGUGUUUUUUUUGGUUUUUGUAAUGGAUUCUCUGUCCUCCUGCCUUUCUCUUUCUCUAACCAACCAUAAAACGCUUUGUACUGAUCUAGGUAUUUACGCUAAACGAUUUUAUAAAUAGAACCAACUGAGAAAAUCGCAAAAGGAAAUAUACAUCUACAUAUUUAUUGAACGGAA